AUGUAUCGCAUUGAAUCCUCCCAUGAGCAUCAUGAAUUCACUCAGUGGAACCACCAUCUCGAAUACGCCAAUCCACCCCCGGCCAAGAGCCUCACUCCAAACGCCGUGUCAUGGCCCACCGUUCCGUGGCCGGAGAAGGGAGACUGGAUUACACAGCGCUUGGUAGGCAGCAAUGACGACCCUCAGCGGAAGACGGGCCUCUCCAUCUGGUUCUUUAACGUUCACAAGGGUAUGGAUCCGCAAACCGUCUUCAGCAGUCUGGACGGCGAGGCUCUUAUUGUCCCGCAGUUCGGGUCGCUUAAUAUCACGACGAUGCUUGGCAAGAUGCUAGUCAGGCACAACGAGAUUGUCGGUCACUUCCAGCUGCCUGAACUCGGCAUCAUCGGAACGACUGGUCUGGCCAAUUCAUACGACUUUCAUAUACCAAAGGCAUUUUUCGAGGGCCGCGUGGAAAAGGGGCCGAAUGGUGAUCAGAUCGCCGUUGUCAACGAGGCGUCGGGAUGGAACAUAGUCUCGCGUCUAAACACUCAACUCUGGUGUUGUUCCCAACCCACAUCCCCUUUCAAUGUCGUCAGCUGGCAAGGCACGCUCUAUCCUUACAAAUACGACUUGGCCCGCUUCGACACCAUCGCCAACAUCCGCUACGGCCACGCCGAUCCCUCAGUCUUUGUCGUUCUGACAGCUCCCUCCUUUAGCAAGGUCCCUGGAACUGCUGUGAUUGACUUUGCCUGCGUCGGACCACGCUGGUAA